AUGCCUCCAGUUAGCUGUGUAGCAUGUGGCUGUGAAAACAAGAGGAUUAAACUGGUCCAGUGCCUCCACUCUCUGUGCAUAUCGUGCCUAGAGCAGAAUGUUGACGAAGAUGGCUGCAUCACGUGUCCUCAAUGUAGGGCUUCAACACAGUUGCAGCAGGCUGGAUGCUCCCCCAUGCUGUCUUUGCCUGAUAGUUAUGGCUUGGACGCCUUGGUAGAGGGUGGUGGUGCAGAGCAGAAGUCUGCAGUGUCGUGCGAUGAAUGUAUGGAUGUAAAAGUGGCUGUAUCGCGCUGUGCAACAUGCAGCAGUCAUCUGUGCAGUGUACACACGGAGGGACACAAGCGCUCCCGAGCUACGCAUGGUCAUGAGGUACAUGUACUGUCAUUAGAUGCAGCAGUUCCUGAGACUGCUGCUACUGCUACUGGUGCUUCAACUACUCAGUUACAACAUCGCUGUGCACUGCACCCAAGUAGUAUCCUGACCAAGUUCUGCGCAAAGUGUAAAAAGCUGUUAUGUGAACAGUGCAUCGGUACAGGCAAACACGAGCAGCACAAACAAGAUGUUGUGUCAAUCGAUGCUACAGCCGAAAAGAUGAGAGCAUCGGUGAAUGAUUUGUUGCUAAGCUGUGUGUCUGAGAGUGAUGGCGUUCUGGAGAGCUCCAUUGAGAAAGUGCAGUCCUCCAUUCGUAACCUUCAUGAUCAGAUAGAGGUUGCAUCAGAAGAGGCCGGGCUAUUUUUCCAUUCUCUUGUGGAAACCAUUCAAGAGCGUGAAACAAUGGUCCUGAAUGAACUUCGUCAUCUUCAAAUUGAGGCACUGGAACCUCUGGAGAAGCAAAUCACUAGGCUGCAGGGCAGUGUGUCACGAACAGAGGUUGUGAGGGGCAUGCUGGAUGCUUGCCAGGACAGCGUGGACUUUGUGCGCAUGUCGUCUUGGCUAGUGACAGCCUUGAACGGCGCAGCGGAGGUUGGCAAGAGUGAUGCUGAGCCGUGUGUUGUGAGCGGCAUCGUCUUUGCGGCAAGCGACACACGUGAUCUCGUGGCUGGCAUCAGGAAAGCUGGUCUUUGUGCUGAUGUAGCUAAGAGCAGAGUGCAUUGCUCUGACAAGUGUAAGAUGGGCAGUGAUGUUGAGAUCGACAUAGCGAUAGAGGAAAUUUCCGAUCCUGUUACUAUUAGCCAAGAUCAGCUGAGGAAGAUCGAUGUAGGAGUUUGUGUGACAAAUUCGGACGGUAAGACAGUCCAGUGCGAGCCCCUACAACAAUCAUCUACUGGACAUCUGGUAACUAAGUGUCGCCCAACUCAAGCCGGGGAGUACGCUGUUUCCACCACGAUUGCCGGUGUUCCUCUGAAAGGCAGGCGAAAGAAGUUCAGCGUUCUGAAAUCACCAGCCACGUGUAUCUGUGUUUGA